GAUGAAGAGACUAUAGAGAGAGAGGGAAAGAGAGAGAGAGAGAGUAGUGAGUAUCGCAGCCUUUCUUUCGACUGUUUACUAUAACCAUUAUCCAGUAUGAGUCCAAUUCGUCGGAUCGAGGAAGCGAAGGAAAGAUGCAUAGCUGUUGCAAACCGGGUUCAAAGCUUACCUCUCUCGAAGGUCACGGAUUCAUGCAAGCAAACACUUCUCCGAUUGGUAAAUUCAGAGCUUAAUUUCCUCUCCCGUUUAUCAUCGGCUUCUCCAGAUUUCUCCGGUCCUAUUAGUGCUAACAUUGGUUACCUUGAGUCAGUUGUUCACAUUCUUCAGCAGACAUUCGUAACUGGAGUAUCACGUGUGUGCAAGCCUAUUCCUCUGUCAUCAGAAAAUGAAGAAAGAAAAUGUUCUUCCAAGGGCAUCCAUGUUGAUAUAGUUUGUACUGUUGAUAGAAGACCAGUCUGGUUUAUUGUGUCAGACAGGAACCCGAAAUACAUCUCAUGGUUAGGAUCUCACAAAAAUAAGGGGCUAAGAGCACGUGUAGAGAAGGUUCUUUCAGCGGCACAGUCCUGUCUGAUGUUAAAACCAUUCUCAGUCAUUCUUUUCUUUUCAAAUGGACUUGACGACGUUGUUACUCAGAAGCUUCUAAAUGAAUUUGGGGCCUCUCAAUUUGGCAAAGAGUUUUCUGAAUUUGAUUGUGAUUUUUCUAAGGACUUGGAAUAUGAAUGGGUUAAUGAUUUUUCUAGAUCAUACAGAAGGGCAAUCAUCUUCCAAUUAAAGGUUGAGCACUAUAGCACUUCUUCAGAGUCAAGCCAGGGGUGUACAUGUCCACUUUUGGGAGCUGUUACACCAGAUUGGGCUGAUAAACAAAGCCAACUAACCUUAGGUGAUGCAUUUUGUUCCCUAAUUUUGACAUUGAAACUGGACAACCAAGAUAUGGAAUCUUCAAAACAAAGGGCUAUUUUGGGUGAUGAUCUUUUAAAUUUUGAUACAACAGCUUUGAUUGCUCUUGUCUCUGGAAUCAGCAAUGGUGGUACAGGGAAACUAUUGGCAACACCAGUUUGUGAGAUGAUGAAGCGGUUUAAGAGCAAUUAUGAAUUUGUGAUGGCACAGGUGAUGUCUGAACUUCAGAACCCAAUCCUUGUGGAGUUGGGAGGCCUGAUAUCUGGAAAGAGAGGUAUGAUAUGUGAAAGUGUUCAUUCAGAGUUCAAGGAGCUUGUGUCAAUGUGUGGAGGACAUAAUGAGAAGUUAAGAGCCGAGUAUUUGCUAAAAUGCCUCUUGAUUGUGCCUGAUAGUCCUUCAGAACGUGUAAUGAGCCUCCCAACCACCAGAAAGAUCGCACUGAAGAACAAGGUCAUUUUUGGUACAGGGGAUUAUUGGCAUGCACCAACUCUGACGGCAAAUAUGGGAUUUGUGAGAGCCAUUUCACAGACAGGCAUGUCUCUGUCAACAAUAGAGCAUAGACCACGUGCAUUAACUGGGGACUAGAGAUGGUGUAAAGCAUUUACUGAAAGCCAUUGAAAGUGUUGGUGCGAGUUGGUAGAAAAGCUUUAGGCUAGGAGGACGGUGGGAAAGUUCUCUUUUCAUGGGAGCUGUUGGCAUAAGUAUGUAGUAUGCCUAGUGAAGAAUGCUUUUUUUGCACAAGACUCAUGAGAGGCAAUUCUGCUGAUUCCAGAAAAGGAUGGCAUCAUGAUAUACAUUGGCUGGUGGUGAUUCAAGAUACGAAGAAAAGAGCAUACAAGAUCAUCUCAAGCACCUGAAGAAGCUGUAUGCUAUGCCAUACAUUUUAAAACACAUUGAGAUCCACUACUCGGUACAUCACCUUGGCCAACAACUUGGGGAGGAUGGAGCGGCUAGACCUUGCAAAUAAUUCAUUGUAUGGGCUGAUUCUGCAAGUAGGUUUCAAGUGUAGGGAAUUGAUUAAAGAGAGACUUGAUGCCAGGAGCAAAUGUAUUCUAGACCUUCCCUACCUCAGAAUUCAGAAAUCAAUGGAUAUGUGUGCCUUCUUUUUGGCUCAACGGGGAAACACAACAGAGGUUACCUCUCAGCAUUAGUCUUGUCCCAAGAAGGAGAAAUUAAUUUUUGGGUUAUUACUUAUUACUCAAACUCCCCCUUCACUUCUCAUUUCUCUAGUUACCAUGAUUUUUCAAAACCUCCUGAGACCCUUCCUGUAAGAGAUCCACCAUUAGGAGAUGAUUAUUACCAUCCUUUACUUUGGACUUUGCCAUGAAAGAAAAUUAUGCGAUGAUGAAAUUUAUUAUACUACCCCUCCAUUUGAGAUUUGGGGGGCUUCAUCUCUUUGGAAAAUUAUCUGGCGAGUCUUCGGAGGUUUUUGAAAGCCGGUGCAAGUUUAAAAGCACUGGGGGAAAGUGACGGCCAGUAGUUUUAGAUAACAACCCUUAAUUUUUACUUCGAUAUUCUUUGGAAAUGGUUGCCCCUGAGCUGUCACACGAGGUUGGGAAAGUUAUUGACAUGUAAUUGGAUUUGCUCUAAGAUUUGCAGCAUCGAGUAUACAACAGAUCUCAAUUAUUCAUUAGUUGGGAUCUCUGAUAACCAAUAUGUUGUGAUUUGCAGUAGAUUUGCAGCAUUGAAGCAGAUCCCA